ACGAGAACAAGCACUUUCGAUGGAUCCACUCUGAGUCUGGUUUUCAGUGACGAGUUCAACGAUGACAAUAGGACCUUUUAUCCUGGAGAUGAUCCAUACUUCACGGCGCCCGACUUUUGGUAUGGCGCCACACAGGAUCUUGAAUGGUAUUCCCCAGCAGCGGUCACGACAGGAAAUGGGACGCUGCAAUUGAGAUUGGAUGCAUUCCCAAACCACAACCUCCAAUACCAGUCAGGUAUGCUGAACAGUUGGAAUCAGAUGUGUUUCAAAGGUGGGGUCUUUGAAGUGUCCGUCUCUUUGGCAGGCCCAUCUGGUAUUCCUGGGCUUUGGCCAGGAGUCUGGACUAUGGGCAAUCUAGGACGACCAGGAUAUAAGGCCAGUACGGAAGGACUCUGGCCUUAUACGUACAAUUCUUGUGAUUACGGCAUCACUCCCAAUCAGUCAGAUCCCGACGGACUUUCAUGGCUACCUGGCCAGAGACUGGCGUCUUGUACAUGUACGGGUGCAGAUCACCCAAAUCCAGGAACCGGACGAGGAGCUCCAGAAAUCGAUAUCCUUGAAGCUUCAGUCGACCCCAACAAUCGAAUCGGUGUGGUCACUCAGAGUUACCAAGUCGCGCCAUUUGAUAUCUUUUACCGUCCGAACUCGGAUUUCAUGGCGAUCCCAAACUAUGAUACAACGCAAAUGAAUGGAUACUGUGGAGGGCCUUUCCAACAAGCUGUUAGCGGAACGACUCUUCUAAAUAACGAUUGGUAUGAUGGGUUGGAGUAUCAGAAGUAUGCCUUCGAAUACGUGCCCGGUACCUCGACCGGAAAGAUCGCAUGGUUCGUGGGAGAAGAUCCAUCAUUCAUUAUGGACGGCAGAGCUAUUGGACCGAAUGGAAACAUCGGGGCAAGGCAAGUCUCGCAGGAACCCAUGUCGCUGAUUUUGAACUUGGGUCUCUCCAACUCAUGGAGUGAGGUUCUCCUUGGCGAUCUGAAAUUCCCAACGAUCAUGCACAUCGAUUACGUUCGGAUCUAUCAGAAGGCUGGACAAGAAUCGGUGACUUGUGACCCACCUGGGUACCCCACAACACAGUAUAUAAAGGAUCAUCCGCUUGCUUAUAAUGAUCCAAAUCUAACAUCAUGGGCUGAAACCGGCUACGCGUGGCCAAAGAACAAAUUGACAGGAUGUUAA